AAACUUUUCGACUUUGGUUUUGAUGAACUAUUAAAAAUCAUCUUUUUUAACCGUGAAAUAUAUAGAAAUUAAAGUAAAGUUUUAAGUUAAGAAGGGGAUGUUAAAAAGUUUAGUGAUCUUAACCCUAUUGGGGCUAAGUAUGGGAGAUGUUGAUCCUGGACCAGAACCUUCUUGUCCAAGCGACAACUCUGUCCAAGCUUACUUUGCCACAAAUGACUGUACAAAGUAUUGGCAAUGUUCAAAUGGGGUGGCAUAUUUAAUGCCCUGCGCCCCUGGUACCCACUGGGAACAGUCCUUGUGGAUUUGUGUACACAUAGCUUCCUCAACUUGUACUGGGGAAGGAUGGAGUUCUACGAAAGCACCUACAACUCCUAUUACUACUACUACUACUACUACUACUACUACUACAACUACGCAAGCGCCUAUUACUAAAUCAACUACAACCACUCCGGCUUCUACGACUACCAAAGCAUCUACGACGCCAAUUACAACCACAAAUGGAGCUCCUGGAGAAUGUCCUUCUGUAGAUGGUCCAGAUUCUAUCUAUUUUCCUGAUCUCGACUGUACAAAAUUCUGGCAAUGUUCAAAUGGUGUUGCUUACCAACAUAAGUGUCCAGCUGGUCUCCACUUCAACCCUGUUUUAAACGUAUGUGACUGGCCAGAUCAACCUGGUUGCGAGGGAGGCAAUAGCCCUUCAACACAGCCAACUACCACAUCUACACAAAGUGCUUCUACUACUAAACCCACAACCAGUACACCAACUACUCAAGCAACCUCCACUGAGGAAGUACAAACAACAACAAAUAUAUCUCCUGGAGAAUGCCCUCUUAAAGAUGGUCCAGAUUCCAUCUACUUCCCUGAUCCUGAUUGUACAAAAUUCUGGCAAUGUUCAAAUGGUGUUGCUUACCAGCAUACCUGUCCAGCAGGUCUACAUUUCAACCCUAUUUUAAACGUAUGUGACUGGCCAGACCAAGCUGGUUGCGAGAAAGGUAAUAACUCUACAACACAGCCGACUAACACAACCACACAAAGUGCUUCUACUACUAAGCCCCCAACAACUCAAGCAACUUCCACAGAGGGAGUACAAACUACAACCACAAAUGGAGCAUCUGGAGAAUGCCCUCCUGUAGAUGGUCCAGAUUCUAUCUACUUCCCCGAUUCUGACUGUACAAAAUUCUGGCAAUGUUCAAAUGGUGUUGCUUACCAGCAUACCUGCCCAGCUGGUCUACACUUCAACCCUGUUUUAAACGUUUGUGACUGGCCCCAUCAAGCUGGUUGCGAGGGAGGCAAUACCCCUUUAACACAGCCAACUACUACAACUACAAAAAGUGCUUCUACUACUAAACCGUCAACCAUAACUACUCAAGCAACUUCUACUGAGAAAGCGGAAACAACAACUACAACUGGAGUUUCUGGAGAAUGCCCUCUUGUAGAUGGUCCGGAUUCCACCUAUUUCCCCGAUCCCGAUUGUACAAAAUUCUGGCAAUGUUCAAAUGGUAUAGCUUACCAGCAUACGUGCCCAGCUGGUCUACACUUCAACCCCGUUUUAAACGUUUGUGACUGGCCAGAUCAAGCUGGUUGCAAGGGGGACAAUAGCCCUUCAAUACAGCCAACCACUACAACUAGACAAAGUGCUUCUACUACUAAACUCCCAACCACUAUAUCAACUACUCAAGCAACUUCCGCUGAGGAAGCACAAACAACAACUACAACUGGAGAGCCAACAUAUAAAACUACACAAAGUGCUUCUACUACUAAACUCCCAACCACUAUAUCAACUACUCAAGCAACUUCCGCUGAGGAAGCACAAACAACAACUACAACUGGAGAGCCAACAUAUAAAACUACACAAAGUAUUUCUACUACUAAACCCCCAACUACUGCGCGAACAACUCAGGCAACUUCCACCGAGAAACCACAAACAACAACCACAACACGAUCUUUCACUGAACAAGUGAGUGAGCAAACCGGGAAAGAGGUUACAGAAGAAUCUUCUGAGCAACCUACCGAAGCGUCUACUGAACCUGAUGGUCAAACCAGUACCCCAAAACAUACAACUGAGGUUGUGUCUACAACUGAGGCUGUAACUACUACAACUGAAGGUAUGACUACAACUACAACAACUCAAGCCCCAGCUACGCCCGAGUGCUUACCUCCUCCAACAAUAUGUACUUGCACAUGCGUUCCUCAAGAACCUACAACAACUUCAGUCUGGACCACUUCGUUGCCUUCAUCGACCACACCUGUCACUUCCAGACCUCCGAAUCUAACAACUACUUCUCAAACUACUAGUGAAGAAGUAAGCUCUUCGGUAGAAGAUGAUACAACCGGAAAUGGAGAAGUCAGCACUUCAAGUAAUACAGAUGUAACAUCUGAAGGCUCUGAGGAACAAAAUGAGAAUAGUACACCUAGUUCAAAUGACAACCAGUCGAGUACUGAAAAUAAUAGUGAAGAACUGACUACUCCCUCUGAACAGGAUUGUGACAAUGGACCUAUUGCUCCAGGAGUUUGCCCAUCAGAAGACGGAGACCAAUCAGUAUAUCUACCUGAUAAAGAUUGCACCAAAUUUUGGCAAUGUUCAAAUGGAGUUGCCCACUUAAUGAACUGUUCUGAAGGCCUACACUUUAACCCAACUUUAAAUGUGUGUGAUUCGCCAUGGGAUGCUGGCUGCGAUGAAAACGUCACAAAACCCAUCGUGGAUUUCGAUGAAUCAUCCUCUACCCCAGAAUCUACAAUGGACGAAAAUACCUCGCCUUCUCAAGAGUCAACAGUAGUAAUUACUUCUACUAAGGAAACAACAAACGCAGGAACUAGCACCACGCCAGUUGAUAGUGUGUCCACUACUGAAGCUGAGUUUGAUGGACCAAGUAGCUGUAGUGAAUUAUCCAAUUUAUGCCCUGCCGUCGAUGGAGAAGAUCCAACUUAUAUUGCUUUGGAAUAUUGCGGUGGAUUCUGCCAAUGUUCCAAUAGAGCAGCUUAUUAUCAUCCAUGUCCACCAACACUUCACUUUAAUCCAGAGCUAAACGUUUGUGAUUAUCCGUAUAGAGCGGGAUGCACUGGAAUCGCUGGCACUACCCCUACUACUUCCAAGCCAACCUCUUCCAGAGAAAGCUCCUUAAGAACAGAGGGACACACACCAACUAUUGAGGCUACAACUACCACCACAACCCAGAGUCCAACAACUACCAGUACAACAAAGGCUGCUACUACAACCACAACAACAACCGAAUUACCUACAACUAGCCAGGAAACGGAUAAUGUAGAUUACGUGUGUCUUGAAAGGCCUAAUGAUUUUUUCCUAAGUGCCCAUCCUAAGAAUUGCUCACAAUAUCUCACGUGUGAUCAUGGAAAGAGUGACGUAAUGCAAUGUCCAGCAGGGUUGCAUUUCAGUCCAACCAUCUACGUAUGUGUCUCACCAGCUAUGGCCGGAUGCACGGCCACAGUUUUAGAACAGCCAAUUGGCUUCGCAGCCAAUUUAAAGCAAUUCUUUAAAGGAUGGUUUUAAAGCCUUAGUUUUUUAGAAAAUAUAAAUAUAUAAUAUUUGAAAUAUAGAGUUAUACUUGUG